CCGAGGUGAAAGCAACAGGAGGAAGAAAGACUUAAACAAGAACGUGAGCUAGAGGAGCGAAGAUCGCGAAAAAAGAAAGACAGAGAGGAUUUUCAAAGAGAAAUGAACGAGUCGUGGAAUGCUAAAUUUGAGUCUGUCUGUAGUGCGUUGUGUUCUGACAAGGCAGCAGGGGUCAAUAAUUCAGAGUUGGAGAAACUCAAGAAGCAGGUUGAGUUGCUGCAGGUGAGCAAAAGAACAACGAUGGGGAAUCCAGAAGCGUCUACGAGCAGGCAGACAUAUAACAGUGAUGCGGCGCUGGCUCAUCUCCUCCAAGAGCAAAAGGAAAUGAGGGCCAAGUUGGAGUCAGCGGUCGGUGCGUGCAGAAGAGUAGAGACCUUGGAGAAUGAGUUAUGGCUGAUCAAGCAGUCUCAUGAUGACGCAAUUCAGGAAAUGGAAACCUGGAAGAAAGAAGCUCUAAGGACGGACAACAAGCGGAGCCAUAUUGCUACUUCGCCUGCAUCAACUCUCAAGAUGCCGCCUGCUGCCACGCCUCGGAGAUCUCCUAGCAAGGAGCAGAUGGAGCAAACAGCACAGUUGCGUCAACUGCACAAUCUCGAGGCGGAGACGUUAAAAGAGCUCAGACUACAGGAGCUGAACAGGAGAAGGGAAGCAGAGCAGGAGAACGCACGACUUAAAGAAGAGUUGGCGAAGCGUUCACGUGCAACGCCCAAGUCAAGUUUUUGGGAGAAGCUCGAUGAGGUCGAUGUUGUUGCUGGAGGGUCAGUACCAGUGCCACGAACGUCGAAAGGAAAGAAGAAACCCUGCAGUGGUAGUGAGAUUGGCAGGGACAACGAUCGAGAGGCGCUCGUGCGGGAGUCAAAAAAGGAGUUCCACAAUCUUAAGAAAGAUGACGUUAUGGAGAUCUGUACGAAGGAGGGCAUAAAGUACACUACUCUUAGCGAGACGAUCACCGAGAUCAUCAACAAGUGCGUAGAGCGAGCAUUUGGCAAAAAGCCGGUAAUACAAGAAGUUUCGGACGAUGUUGCGGGAGAAUCUCAGGAUGAUUCUCGCAAUGACGGGAGGGACUCGGCUGCUUCUUAGGGUCCCUCCCGAGCGCGACUUACAUUUGGUCUUUAGCAUAGUCAUGUCAAGUAGC